GCGGCGGGGCCCGUUGGGAGCGUAUGUGCGCGCUCGCCGCUCGCGUGUGGUGGAUAACGUGUGAGGGGUCGGGAGUGUGCCGGCCUCUGGACGGGCUUGCGCGCUGGCCGCCGCCAUGCUCGCCAUCAUCGAGCGGGAGUUCCAGGAGAUCGAAGCCACUAACGACUGGCAGGCGCGUUAUCUGGAAAUUCGACAUAAAUCCAGUGACUACCCUCACAGAGUUGCAAAAUACCCAGAAAACAAAAAUCGGAACAGAUACAGAGAUGUUAGUCCAUAUGAUCAUAGUCGUGUAAAACUGCAGAAUGCCGAGAAUGACUAUAUCAAUGCCAGCCUAGUGGUCAUAGAAGAAGCUCAGAGAUACUAUAUUUUAACACAGGGUCCACUACCUAAUACAUGUUGUCAUUUUUGGUUAAUGGUAUGGCAGCAACAAACCAAAGCAGUUGUUAUGCUGAACAGAAUUGUUGAAAAAGAGUCGGUGAAGUGUGAACAAUACUGGCCAACAAAAGAAGAAGAAGUUAUGACAUUCAGUGAAACAGGUUUCCGUGUGAGGCUAGUAUCUGAAGACGUCAAAUCGUAUUACACAGUACAUCUACUGCAAUUAGAAAACAUCAAUAGUGGCGAGUCCAGGAUGAUCUUUCAUUUUCAUUAUACUACAUGGCCAGACUUCGGAGUUCCUGAAUCCCCAGCUUCAUUCCUGAACUUCCUGUUUAAAGUCAGAGAGUCUGGCUCACUAAGUCCAGAACAUGGACCUGCAGUAAUUCACUGCAGUGCAGGGAUAGGACGGUCCGGUACAUUUUCAUUAGUAGACACUUUUCUUGUUCUGAUGGAGAAAAAAGACUCACCUUCUGUAGAUAUUAAGAAGGUUUUACUGGAUAUGAGGAAAUAUCGAAUGGGACUUAUUCAGACUCCUGAUCAACUAAGAUUUUCAUAUAUGGCUGUCAUAGAAGGAGGAAAACUUAUUAAGGGGGAUUCAACUAUACAGAAACGGUGGAAGGAGCUCUCUAAGGAGGACCAAGAGCCAAGUUCUGAGCAGUCUCCUCCACACCCAACCAAAAUAACCACAGAGAAGUACAAUGGGAACAGCAUAAGCCUGGAGAACAAAAACCAAAUGGAGAAAACAAAUUCUGACCUGUCCAAUAAAGUUCAAGAUAUCAUAGAUGGAAACACUGAAAGUACUGUCCGAAAACGACUGCGGGACGAUAGAAAAGCUAACACAGCACAGAAGCUGCAGCAGAUGAAGCAGAAGCUAAAUGAAACUGAAAGAAAAAGAAAAAGGUGGUUAUAUUGGCAACCUAUUCUCACUAAGAUUGGGUUUGGUACACUGAUUUUAGUUGGUGCUUAUUGGUGCUGGAAAAUGUAUUUUUAAAAACAUUCCUUGUAAGUAAAGAGUAAGCCUGUCUGCUCCAGCAGCUACUUCUGCUGCAGGUUACUGACUAGGGGUAUGACUUUAAGCAGUGAACUCCUUACACCUGGCAUGGGUGCAGACACUUACAACAGAGGAGUGAUGUAAACUUGGUAAUGUGUCAACAUCUCAGGACUUCCCACUGCAGGUACUUAGAGAAAUGAACUGCUGCCCCCAACACAGUUGAUGGUUUUUGUUUAUAUGAGCAGGUACAAACUUGCUGCAACUGUUUAUACACUUUUUAAAAUGGUGUUCUACCAGAUCUUAAGCAACCCAUGAACCACAGAGGUUUAGCCACUGAAGGCUGGCUGGAUUAAAAUUUAUACACCUGACAUAAGCAAUAAACAGUGUUGUAUCAUUUACAUUAUUAAUGCAAAGAAGUUAUUCUAAAUGUGUGUAAUGUGUAAUGUACUAGUGACAUGAACAUAAACAUUUUAUAUUCUUACGAACUAGGAUAAAUAUAUUUUAUAAUUGCAUAUUUAAUCUUUUUGUAGUUCACUGUACUUUUGAAAACUCAGUUUGUACAGAUUUCUGACCAAAAAAGAAUUUGAUUUUGAAAGUAAAUGUAAUUAUAAUUUGUGCAUGAAAAUUAUAGUGCAACCAUUCCCCAUAUUUUGACUCUCCAGUUUAUGAUCUGAGCAGCUAGGGGUCUGAUAAAGCACUUGCCAAUUUCUACUCUGUUAAUUUGCAUUCCUUAUUUAUUUUUUGUAGUUUUCAUUAUUUAAGUGAGACUUAGAAAUCUGAUUAUUUUUUUUAAGGUUUUUGAGAAUUUAGCCCCAACUGAAGAGCGUACUAUUAAGUUGAUUAAUGUAUUCAGACUUCAACUGCUGUUUGAAGGCCAAUGUUGUUAAAGUUCUGACAUUCCAUUAAAUGUGAAACGUAAUGUUUUGUGUGUCUAUAGAUUUUAAUUGCUAGAAAGACUAAAAUAUUUUCAUCAGUAUUAAGUGUAGAAAGCACAUCAAAGGAAACUGUAGUUGGACUUGCAAAGGUGGUUUUCACAGCGAGCCAGUGUUGGUAGUGUUCUCAGUACAGUGCAUUCAGCUAUACAUGCCACUUCUGUAACUUCAGAGAGUCUAGAACUGCUUUUGAGGUUCCUCAGCACUGCAGUAGGGGCAUGAUGUUGAAACACUCGAUGACUAAUGUUUUGGGACAUCUGUGGUACAGUCGUUUUAAAAUUACUGAGCACUCCCUUUCUGGUAGUUGGUCAAUAACACUUUCUGAAUAGUAAUUCAACACAAAUCACUUUCUACCCUUUAAAUUAGCUUUGAAUACAGAGAUGGGAUGUGGCUGUCGUUCAGGUUGGGUUGUGAUUGAUAGUUUCUAGCAGUGGACUGCAGUUUGAAACCUGGGGUUUACGUAUUCAAGCAUUGUCUCUUUGGGCGACUGCAGUGAUGUUGCAUCUUCUCCCUCCAUUUUCCUUGCUCAGUUGUCUUCUGUUGUGUAUGUGGGCUUGAGGGUUCCUCCCUUCUUUCUUUUUUCUUUUUAAUUUCUGCUUUUGUAAAGCACUUCUUGGAUUUACUAUUGAAUAAUACUCCAAGAGCUAGAUGAUUACUUCUGCCCCUUAUCCAGAAUUAACUUGAAAGCUUUCCAGUGUGUUCAAGCUCAGUAGUAACAUACUAGGCAUGGGGCCCAAAUAGUCUGACAUUCACUAUGCAAAGCUGAGUUUACUCUUUAAAAUUCUCAUUUCACAAUAGCUGAUACGGGCUUUGGACUACACUGUUAUAGUAAACAGCUGCUAAAGGGUCCAGCUAAGAAAAACAAGUGUGGUUUCACAGAGUUCUGAGUUUGGGAAACUGUGCAUCAGUAGGACAAGGCAUUUUGUCCUGUGGCAUUACUGACUAUGCAGUUCUAAAAGCAAAACAGCUUGCUGCCUGCAAAUCUGAAAAUGUGCAAUUUUAAGACACUUCAUACCUUCUACAACCACAGUAACUCUUUAGCCAGCAAGAGGCUUGGCAAAAGUUUAUUUAUUUAAAUUGAGAAGACAGGCUUUUCACUGUCAGCUAUAACUGACAGUAGGUGUAAAUGUGCAUGCCUUAUGAAAGAUAUCUUGGUUAUGGAAUAACCUGAAUUCUGGCUUUUGUGUUUUCCGGCUCCUGGGCAGGAGCUCCUCCUCUCUGUGUGGCGCAGGGCGGGAGCAGCCAUCUUGUCUCACCUCAGGCUCUCUGACCCUGGUACAGCAGGACUUGCAUGUUCACCCGUUCAAUCUGGUUCUGUGACUGUAGGUAUCCUGAAAGUCUGCACUGUUACUGAUUUAGGACCAUGAACCAAUCCAAGUCUUGGACAGAAGUAUGCUGUGCAGUGAAUUGUUCAUGAUAGUAUGAGCAUAGAACACCAUUUAGACCUCUUAGUGCAUUCCAGGAGAUAACAUGGAUAGAAUGUUUUGGGUUUUUUUUCUGGUCUGUCAGUAAUCUGUAAAAAACAGAAUCUGAGGGAAGCUCCUUCUCUUUCCUGCAGACUGGAUCCUUGUGCUAUUUUCUUAUUCUAUAGAGUUUAGAAUUCUCUAGCAUUUAGAAUGUUCUACAGAAUUUAGCAGUUUUGUGCAACUUGGACCCUAAAUAGGAACUGAUACAGGCCAAAAUGGAGAACUCUCGAUCCCAGUGACCUCUGCUGUAGAGCUUGCUUAAAGGAAGAGUAAAAGGACUUUUCUGUGCCUUGUGACACUCCUCCUGCCUCUCCCCAACCCGUUUCUGGCAAGCUGCUGGCUGGUCCUGUGCUAUUUCUAAGAAGCUGUUGCACUUAGGUUGGGUUUUCCCCUCUGUUCUGGAAAUAAAUCAGUCAAAAUAGUUGGUGACUAGUGGGCUGCUGUGAACUCUGUUAAACUUGGGUACAAAUAAUGCACAUUUUAAUUUAAAACAAAACCAAAAAACUAGCAAACAUUUAGAUCUGUCGCAAGGGGGUUGCAAGUUUGGAAUUAGUCCUUUAGGUUUUCUCUUUGCUCUUGGUGCAGGGACAGGCCACUCGGAGUGACCGUACAGCUGUGUUUAUUCUUGAAAUGUGUGAAGUAAAAGAAUUGAAUUUGGCAUGAAAUAGAAAUUUAACAUCAGUACAGAUUUAUUUUACAGAACUAAGGUGUUGCAAGCAAAACUUAGCUUCUUCUGUUAAACCUUCAGUGAAAUGGUUUAUUGAUGCCAGUUUCUAUCCCUCUGAAAAGGGAAAAGGUAUAAAUGCUUGUGUGUGUGUGUGUGAGAUUGGAUUCUGCGGGUGGUGAAAAACCCUGUCUAGCUUGAAGUUUAACUGAAUGUUAACCAAAUUAUUUAGUUUGCUCUUUGGCAUUAUAGUUAAACCUGAGACACUUGAGGACUGUACAAGAAACUAGGUUAACAAUGAGAAAAGAAAAAGUCUUCUGCCUGGCCAAGUGGCUAAAGUCAGAGGAUGGAAUUUGCAAAGCUGACGUAACGCACAUUAGUCUUUCUCAGCUUUUCUGUUUUCCAAAAACGUUUUAGGUCAGUCCUUCAUUUUUAUGUACGAAAAAUAAAUGUGUUCAAAAUUGCA